AAUAUCUUCAAACUAAUGACACUCCCAUCAGCUUCAGCUGUACUUUGUGUUUUAUUGGAAAUUAGCUAAAGUUAGCAUGCUAUAACAGGGAAUGUGGGCAAAGUGAACACAUUUUAGCGUAUUCAUGUUAGCAUUUUCCAUUGUAGGCAUGUUAGCAUGCUGAUUUGACCUUUCAGCUCAGGUACAACCUCAGAGCUGCCAAAAAUACCAGGAUGUUCUACUGCAUGCAGUUGGAUUUUGCAGUAUGAAAGCCAGCAUGCUUCUCUGGCUAUUCUGACCCACAAUCCUCUGCAAAGCGGGAAUAACGUCACGUCAACUGAACCACAAACAGAUGGCAGAUUGUUGACAGCUGACGGACGAAUGACGGCACAUUUAAGUGACAGUAAUAAUAAGAACAUGAAUUGUUUAAGUGAAGAAAAUAAUCAUAAAAUAACCAACAACAAAAGGACACACCUAUAAAAAUAACAAUAACAGAGAAAUGAAAAUACUGUUAUGAAUAUUAGGAUUCAUUUAUGCUCAACGUUAGAGACAGAGAUGGAGGCAGACGGAGUCUUCUGUCCAUACUCUACGUUCAUUUUGUAUUUAUUUGUGCACAUUUUCUGAGAGCUUACAGACACAGACGAAACAGAGCAGCAUCCCGCAGCGUCACCAGAGAUCAUGGAGGCAGUGUAGUGUGUUUAAGGGAGAUAAAACUGUAGGAGACGACAAAGAAUUGAAAUAAUGGCGGAACGUAACAAAUUGGUAAUAUACAGUAAUAUAUUGUGAAAAUAUUCUGCGUCCAUAACGACCUCCUCCACUGUCGCCUCAUUUGUUGUCGUCAGAAACUUUUGACUUCGCCCUCUGGUGCCGUCUAUUGGCUGUAUCUAUCAUAAAGGACACAUGGAAGUAUGAGGGAGGUGACGUUUACAAUGUUUAAAUUAACAUAUCUAUUUUCAAACAUACAGACAGUAUAACUGAGCCUUAAAGCCCAGUUCAGACCAAAGAUUUGUGAUGAGACGAAACUGUCUCAGAACGUUGCCGGUCUGAGCUCGACUCAAGUUGACUGAUGGCGUCACCUGACACUCAGCUGGUCAAAAGGCCGGCGGCUGGUUUUAAAGCACGUCACCUGUUUCAACAGCCAAUCAGCUUGUAGUGAAGUCUGCUGGUCAGGUCAAAAUGGCCACAGACGGCGUGUUGGCUUGCUGCAGCAGGUGCUCCGUCCCCACAGAGCCCUCUGUUUCCGUCCUCACGGUGUGCCGGUGUCAGACGGUGGGUCACUGCUGCUGCUGGCUGUAUGUGCUUAUGCCCCGCCCACACACACAUUCUCACUGACUGAUGAAUUGGCGCUGGUUAUUUAUAUUAUUGUGGCGUAUUGAUUAUGAAUACAGUCCAUCUGAUGCUGGUUUGGUUUCAGCACUGUAGCCAGUAUCUCACUAUCACUAUCCUCAUUCAGAGUUUAAGAAGUUACAAAUCAUAUUCAGCCACAAAAUAAGUCUGAAAAGCUGCAAAUCAGAACGAAGCACAGAGAGUUGUUGACUAGAGAUGAUACGCCGUCUCAUGGUGGUCACUUCCUGUCAACGUUACAGAUCAGAAGUACAGAGAGUUGUUGACUAGAGAUGAUACGCCGUCUCAUGGUGGUCACUUCCUGUCGACGUUACAGAUCAGAAGCACAGAGAGUCGUUGACUAGAGAUGAUACGCCGUCUCAUGGUGGUCACUUCCUGUCAACGUUACAGAUCAGAAGCACAGAGAGUCGUUGACUAGAGAUGAUACGCCGUCUCAUGGUGGUCACUUCCUGUGAACCAGCAGAUUUUUAGAACAUUGCAGAACGGCGCAUUGCACGUAGUCGCCUGUUCCAACUUGUCUCAUGAUGAAUCUUUGGCCUCUGAGGAUCAUGAAUGUCUGUACCAAAGCACCACAAUCCAUCCAGUUGCUGUUGAGAUGCGUCAGUCUGGACCAAAGACCAAUCAACUGUGCCAUCCCUGGAGCUACGCUGCUAGCAUGGCUAAAAGUUAAGAAAACAACAAAAAUUUCAAUGACAAAAUCUAAUUUACUUAUAAAGUACGGUAAGUGUUGCUUUUUUGUCCUUCAUGUUUCUUCAAUACAACUCUAGUUACAUAAAUAACAGUAUGUAGAUGUUGACACUGCUUUCAGCACAUGUGAGUUGCUCUUCAGAGUCAGCUGCAACAUUCAAAUCAAUCUGUGUUUGCAUAAAGUUUGGGGAAGUAUACAGAUCCUUCUCUUCCCUGGAAAUGUGCCUGUUGCUAAAUUUGGAACAAUGCAUCUCUUCUCUCUGGAUGAGAGGAAUGGUUUCUGGACAUGGUCCCUGAAAAUGACUGUGAUAAACUAAAGUAAAAGUUCAAAUCCACACUGUGAAAAUACUUUUUGAGCAAAUGUAAGUCCUGCAUUAAAAUGUUGCUUUAAUAAAGGUUUGUAAUCAUAAUCAGGAAAAUGUUCUUAAAGUAUCAAAAGUAAAAGCAGUCAGUGCAGAGAAAUGGCUCUUUGGGUGUAUAUGGUAUGAUAUAUAGUGUUUGUAAAACCAAACAAUAAAUGUUUGCUCAACCGACAGUACAAAUCCUCAAAAUCUCGUCCUGUGCUCGGAGGGUUAGGAGCUCCUGGACCUGCUGGCUGUCCCGUUUAUAUAACCGCUGUUUCGGCGCUGUUAGAAUCUCCGCUGCCGGCUUACAGGCGAGACAACUCUAUCCCCCAUCGUACCUUUGAUAUAUAAUUGUGAGGCGACAUAACCACAUUAAAUUACCGCCUUGAAGAGGCAGUGUAAAAGAGGUUUGAGUGUCUGCUUAUGCUGCUGAUGCACCAACAUACACUGACAUGUCUUUACUUUAAAAAGGGAAAUCAGGGUUCCAACAAAGGAAGGAAGGAAGAAGGAAAGAAAGAAAGAAGGCAAACUGACAGACAGAACCAAAAGGUGCAUGAGAGAGACAUAGAUCGAGAGAGGAAGGGUGGGGGGCCCACAGAGGCUGCUUAGGCACAAGGCCCAGAGUUUGGUGCUACGCCCCUGCACAGCUUCAUGAUUUCAGCUUUAAAGAAAUGUGUGUGUUUAAUAAAUGUGAGGAAAUAUUCAUACAUAAUAUAUAGCAUUUAUGUUGCAUGUUAUGGUGUCUCUUCCCAGCGCCUCACUGUGCUGUAUUUUCAGGGUCUAAUGUGACAGUUGUCCUCACUGACGCCUCCAUGACAUGGACUGAGGCCCAGAGCCACUGCAGAGUAAACUACACAGACCUGACCAGUGUGAGGAACAUGACAGAGAACCAGAAGGUACAGGAGCUGCUACCUGCAGGAGAACGUGUCUGGAUCGGCCUCUUCAGAGACUCCUGGAAGUGGUCGGAUGGAAGUAGCUCCUUAUUUAGGCACUGGAGACCUUCAGCACCUACUGGUUCCUUGAAGUCUUGUGUGGCUGCAGUCUUUGGCCAAUCUGGAGGCUGGGACGACUGGAACUGUGACUUGAAGAGAGCAUUUAUCUGUUACAGUGUCAUGCCUGUUUCAGAGAAAGUGAUGAAAGUGAUGAAGCUGAGGUUUAAGACACAGGACUCCUCUGUGGAUCUGAACGACCAUGCUGUGACGGAGGACAUCUUAAAGCAGCUCAAACAGAGGCUGAAGGACCAGGGGCUCAAUGACCACAGCAAACUGAGCCGGAGGAAGCAGCCAGAUGGAAAAGUCUUCCAUGAGGAGGAGGAGGAGGAGGAGGAAGAGGAAGAGGAAGAAGAAGAAGAAGAAGAAGAAGACCAAAACAAGAUGAGCUUUAAUGUUGUUUCAAUCCACUCUGGUCAGAUGCUUCCUUCUUCUCUUCAGUCAUCUUCUUCUGUCACUAUCUUCUUCUUUUAUCUUCUUCUACCCUCCUCUUCCUCUGUCUUUUCCUUCUUCUUCUUCUUCUUUGGUAAAAAAACAUCCAAAUUGUUGUGUUGCACCUGUGAGUCUGUAAAUAAGCAGCAGUUCUUUUAGCUCAGUGCUAAGGUAUACACGCUAACAUGGUCACAACAAGGAGUAGUAGUGUUCAUUGUGUUUGUGUACGUCACUAAAUCACAUGCAUUCUGAAUUUGUUGAUCAUCAGUCUGAUUUAUUGACAUUAAUUAAAAGACUCAGCUACGUUAUAUGUAAUAUGUCUUAUUGAUCCUAAAAUAACUUCUGAUGACGUCAUACAUUAGUGCACUGUCCAGAUGCAGGGCAGGCAGCUGAAGGCAAAGACUACCACCACUGCACAGAUGCCUGUGAUUUACCCUGUUUACGGCUGCUCCAAGCAAUCAAACUGGGAAAAACCAAAGGACACUUUAGGUCCUGAAAAUAGCAAGAUGUAAAGAGGAGAAGUAAAAAAAGAAUUUGCUGAGAAAUUAAACAGUUAAACUCAAGCACAUUUACUCACCUGGCCAAAAACAAGAUGGCAGUCAUUUCAGUCACCAACCCAACUGCACACAAAAUACACUGCUCAAAGAAAUGAAGGCUGCACUGAACUGUCUCAGUCAGGGCUCUAUGCUAACCUUUAGCUCAUCCUUCAUCAUGUGUGUGGUAAGGACCCAGCACACACACACACACACACACACACACACACACACACACACACACACACACACACAGGGCUACAUUGGGCCUACUGCUCUACUAUUAGACACAAAGGAUGUCUUUAGUCCACUGGCUUUUGUAGUUGGGUCGCCUGGCACACUGAGCUGACUUCAUCCGAUGAACUCAGCUAAAUUUUAAAAAUCUAAUUCAUGGUGAAGGGUCAUGCAUUUUCCACCAGUCACUUCGAAAAGCUCAAGGAAAAAUAUUUGUGGCUACAGGGGGGAUCAAAAUAAAAUAAAUAAAUAAAAUAAAAAUCAGCCAGCCACCCUCCUCCUCUGAUAAGUUAAGAACAGUCCCUUCAGUGCGGUGAGGUUUGUGGACCGUUACCUGCCACAAAGAGAGAAAUGUGAGCGGCUCGUUUCUCCUCUGACACGUCACAUACCUGUGUGCCGCCACGGCUCGGCUGUUCAGGUACUUCUGGGCAGUCAUGACACCAGCGAAGAGGAAGUUAUUGGACCUGGAGCUGGGCUUCUCGGUCGCGGUAAACCGUUAUCUUGCGGCGGUGGCCAUCGUGCUCCGCUGUAUUCCUGUCUGUGACCCCGGUUCAACCCACAACCUGCAGGAUUCGCCUUUUGUUUCUGCUGCUGGUUGAAAUCUCUACUCGCACAGCGUGCUCCUGAAUGAUUUCUUUUGCUCGCACAAAACUAUUUUUAGUCGCAAAUGUGAGUGAAAUGCUCGCACCGCAGAGCUCUGGUCUCAGUCUAACACCAAGUCAGUUAAUCUUCAGGGAUAUCAGUCUGUCCAUUUAGGAAGCACAAGUGACUGUGAAUCAGUUUCAGCUGCUUUAGUGCAAAUCUAAGUGGCAACAGGUGCAAUGCAGAGGCAAAAGCAAGACAUCCCCCAGUAAGGGCAGCAUGAGGCAGUACCUGCAGCCAAAUCAGGUUGCACAGGUUGUCCAGCUCCUCCAAGAUGGCAAAUCUAUACUUGCAGUCGCAAGAGUGUUUGCUGUGUCUCCCAGCAUAGUCUCAAGAGCAGGGAGGAGAAACCAGGAGACCGGCCGUUACACCAGGAGAGCUGGACAGGGCCGUAGAAGGGCAUCAACCCAGCAGUAGGACCGGUGUCUGCUCCUUUGUGUGAGGAGGAACAGGAGGAGCACUGCCAGAGCCCUACAACAUGAGCUCCAGCAGGCUACUGGUGUGCAUGUUUCUGAGCACACUGUCAGGAACAGACUCCAUGAGGGUGGCAUGAGGGCCCCACGUCCUCUACAGGGACCUGUGCUCACAGCCCAGCACCGUGCAGCUCAACUGGCAUUUGCCAGAGAACACCAGAAUUGGCAGGUGAUACAUUUCUAUGGCAUAAUCAUUUUGAUAUGGUAAAGCAGAAGCCAAGAAGUGAGAUUCUGGUCUUAACUCCGUUUUGACAGAAUAUGUAGUUUGUAACACACUUUGUCUUUGUACAGCACAACACUCCUGCCAAAUGUUUGAAAGUAUGAAAAAGUGGAUCCAUUGUAGAAUGAAUCUUUAUAAUGUAAUGGAAAUGUCACUGCCUUUAAAUGACUAAUGAUCAUUCACUACAGAGUGUGGUCACUGUUUGUUUGUGGCUGUAGUCCAACAACAUGGCAGGCCUGUCAGACAUGUUUUUGAAAACGAGGAAAACUGCUGAAUUUAUUAUUUGCCUAAUAUGCAAAUAAUUGUUGCGUCAGAACACUUUCCAUGACGUUAAAAUGAUAGUGAGGUACUGUGAGGCGUUUGUGUUGAAAAUCAGGAGCGAUUUCAACAGCUGCAAGUCUGAAGUCACGCAUUCAACAAACUGAGAGCGAACAAGAUGGACACAGUUCUUCUGCUCAUCACAGCAGCGCUGUAUGCUGUCUCAUCACAUGCUGAACGUCAGUACCAUUUUGUUUAUGAACGGAAGAACUGGACUGAAGCACAAAGUUACUGCAGAGAGAAUUACACAGACCUGGCUACUGUCGACAACAUGGAGGACGUGACGACCCUGAACAACACGGCAGAUACAAGCAAACUGGUCCACCCAAAUGGAUGGAGGCUAGCCUGGAUUGGACUGUACGAUGACGUUAACAGCUGGAGGUGGUCAGAUGGAAGUAGCUCCUCAUUUAGGCCCUGGAUACCAGGGCAACCUGAUGGAGUGAAUCAGCAUUGUGUGGCUGCAGACUUUGGCUACUCCGGACAAUGGCGCGACUGGCCCUGUGACGACAGGAUAGCGUUCAUUUGCUACAGCACACCUACAAGUCAGACAACAAGCAGCAGCACGGCUGGAUUCAGCACACCACCUCACUACCUCACCACUUCCAGUGAGACACAGCCUGAAUCAGCUACAAGUCAGACAACAAGCAGCAGCACGGCUGGAUUCAGCACACCACCUCACUACCUCACCACUUCCAGUGAGACACAGCCUGAAUCAGGGCUGUGUGCUGUCUCAUCACAUGCUGAACGUCAGUACCAUUUUGUUUAUGAACGGAAGACCUGGACUGAAGCACAAAGUUACUGCAGAGAGAAUUACACAGACCUGGCUACUGUCGACAACAUGGAGGACAUGAUGACCCUGAACAACACGGCAGAUACAAGCAAACUGGUCCACCCAAAUGGAUGGAGGUGGACCUGGAUUGGACUGUACAGAGACACGGACAGCUGGAGGUGGUCACUGUCAGACACAAGUUUCUACAAACACGGGGAGACAGAGUUCAGACGAUGGAGGGCUGGAGAACCAAGCAAUAUUAACAGUGCAGCACACUGCACAGCGAUGGAUGAGGAUGGACUAUGGAACGACACCCACUGUAGUAACAGGCUUAAGGUCGUCUGCUCAUAUGUCAGAGGGUCGGAUGUGACAUUUAUCCUCAUCAACAAAUCCAUGACAUGGACUGAGGCCCAGAGCCACUGCAGAGUAAACUACACAGACCUGACCAGUGUGAGGAACAUGACAGAGAACCAGAAGGUACAGGAGCUGAUACCUGCAGGAGAACGUGUCUGGAUCGGCCUCUUCAGAGACUCCUGGAAGUGGUCGGAUGGAAGUAGCUCCUCAUUUAGGCACUGGCUACCGUGGCAACCUGAAAACAGUGGAGAGAAUCAGCAUUGUGUGGCUGCAUACUUUGACUACUCCCGCUUCCGCGGACAAUGGGGGGACUGGUUCUGUGACACCAGGACAGCGUUCAUUUGCUACAGCACAUCUACAAGUCAGACAACAAGCAGCAGCACGGCUGGAUUCAGCACACCACCUCACUACCUCACCACUUCCAGUGAGACACAGCCUGAAUCAGCUACGACAAAACAAGUGUUCAGACUGAAGUUUCACACACAGGACUCCUCUCUGGAUCCGAAUGACCCUGCUGUGAUGGAGGACACCUUGAAGAAGCUCAAACAGAAGCUGAAGGACCAGGGGCUGGGUGACAACAUCAAACUGAGCUGGAGGAAGCAGCCAGAUGGAAAAGUCUUCCACAAGGAAGAGAAGAAGAAGAAGAAGACCAAAAAGGAUGAGCUUUAAGGCUGAAUUGUUGUGUUUGGUUUCAUCAGAGAAAAGUGGAUUUCUUUCCUUAAAGUCUUCAUGUAAUGGGUCAGAAUAGAUCUGCAACAAUUAGCUGAUUAAUCCAUCAGUCGCAACUAUUUUGACAAUUCAUUUAUCAGUUAUCAGCUGAUUCCAAGUUCUUAAAUAUAAGAUUUGAUGCUUUUCUUUGUCAUAUAUGAUCAUAAAUUUAAUAUCUUAGACUAUUGGUUGACAAAACAAAACAUAAGAAAUUAUUUGUUAGGGCUGUUGGAAAUUAGAACAGACUUUGUUAUUAUUUUCUGACAUUUUUCAAUGAAAAUACUUUAAGAAAAAAUAAGUAAAGAUAUCUAAUAAUAAGAUUUGACUCAAGGAAAGUAAAAAAAAAAAUCAGCUUUAAUGUUUUGUGGAAUCUUUAAAAUAUAUUUACAAAUGAGUGAUAUGGAAAAUAAUCAUAUGUGUUCUUCUCAUGCUGUCACCUUAUCAGGGAUACAAACUUUAAGUAAUUUCCCUAAAAUUAUUUAUGUGAGUUUUUUAUCUUACUGUUUCACCUUUAAGUUUAAAUGCCAAAUAUUUGCUGGUUCCAGCUCCUCAGAUAUGAAAUUGAUCAUUUUCUUUGUCAUAUAUGAUCAUAUAUUUAUUAUCUUUGAGCUUUAGACUGUUGGUUGAUUAAAACAAAACAUAAGAAUUUAUCUGUUUGGGCUGUUGGAAACUAUAACAGACGGUUUUCAAUAUGUUCGGACAAUUUAUAAAUCAGGUUAGAUUAAAAUAAAUACACUUUAUAAUGUAAGAUACUGUAAAUUAAGACACUUAAAGAUGAGAUUUAACUGAAGGCAACUCCAUUGGAAAAAACAGCUUUAAAAGAGAUGAGCUUUGGUGUUUCUAAUAAUCUUUAAAAUCUAUUUUAACUCUCUUUCUUUAUUUGAGAGUAAUACUGCAUCCAGAAAAUGUGUUGUUGUCUCACUGUAAUGUUUCAGAAUAUUUUAAAGAAUUAUGUGGAAAUAUGUAUUUUUAUCAUGCUGUCACCUUAUUAGGAAAAGUAAAGCAAAUUAAGCUUAAAUAAUUCAAAGGUCCAGUGUGUAGGAUUUAGAGGGAUAUAUCAUCAGAAAUUGAAUUGAAUAUAAUAAGUAUGUUUUCUGUAGUGUGUGAUCGCCUGAAAAUAAGAAUCACUGUGUUUUGUUACUUUAGAAUGAGACAUUUAUAUCUACUAUUUGGAAUAAUAUGCUUGUUACACAUUAGUAAGUGUAAUAAAGGAGCACUGUUUGGAUUUAGGGACAUUAGCAGUGAUGGUUUCCGAUUGCAACUAGCUGAAACUUCUACCAUGUGCCAAGUGUGAACUUAGAAUUCCUUCAGUGUUCAUUGUUCAGGAGGUUUUUAUCAGGAGCCAAAUUAUCUGCUGAGCUCUUUUCUUCUCCUAAACAAACAGACCAGCUGAUUUAAACCGUUUCAUGUUACAAGUCUGUGUUUUUACCAUGCUGCUCAGCUUGUCUUGGAGAGGCAAACUACGGUGAUGAGAAAAAGCGAAUGACUAUCUAGAGUCAGUGUUUGGUUUGACCGUUCUGGGCUACUGUAGAAACAUGGCGGUGCAACAUGGUGAUCUCUGUAGACGAGGACCUGCUCCCUAUGUAGAUACAAACAGCUCAUUCUGAGGGAACAAGAACACGAGGAUUCUGAUUUUCAGCUGAUUAUACACUACAGAAAACAUACUUAUUAUAUUAUAUUUCAUUUGUGCUGAUUUAUCCUCCUAAAUCCUACACACUGGACCUUUAAGUUGGACUGUGCAAUGUUAUAGCAUCACUAAAAGUGGCUUCCUUUAUCCUCUUCUCCUGUCUCUUCUUCUUUGUCUGAAUCAAAGCUACAAAGUACUAAAGUACAGGCACUGUACUGUGAAGCCAUGGAUUUCCAUGUUAUCAUACUUUAGACUUGUACUUAGUGACCACACUGUAUUCAUUUAUCAGCUGUAGUUACUGAUUACUUUGCAGUUUAAGAUUUUAAAUUUAAAAUGUUUGAUGAGUUGAAAUGAUCCAUUAGUAAUCAUUAAUCACAUCCAAUAAUACACUGUUUGAUAAAAGGCUCUGAAAGGGUUCAUUCUGCAGAAUGAGUUCUUAAACUUGUGAUACUAAAGGACAUUUUCUGAUGACACUUGUGUUCAUUUUUACUUCAGUCGUUAUGAAAGCAAGACUUGUGUUUGUAAUGUUGUAUUUUCCCAGUGUGAUAAUGCUACUUUUGCUUCAAUAAAGGUUUGA